AAGUAAUCAUUCAACUGCAAAAAAAAUUAAAAUAAAUAAAUAUUCAAGAUGAAAACUUCCUGCGAUAUACAAGAUAUUAUUACUCCCUACUAUAAAGGCCUGCAAGUGCUACUAUUCCUCCAUUCCAGAGCUGCAGCCUCCAUCAGCAUUCAGCACUUCCAGGAGUGUCAGAACCAGGGGCGGACUGACCAUUUGGAAACUCGAGCACUGCCCGAGGGCCCGGGGUCAGUAGGGGGCCCCAUGAGAUGCCCCUGGUACCUUUCUCAUAGGCUUUUUUGAGUUUGGGCAAGGACACAGGGGCCCCAUGAUCCCCUAUUGCCCGGGGGCCCCAU